UGUAUAUUUUUAUUAACUUUUUACUAAAUGCUCGAGGCCUUUUGUAGCAAAUGUCAUCUCUAAGUGUGACCGUUUACAGCGAUUCUUCAAUUGUAAUUUUUUAACUAUGGUGGGCUCCAACUUUGGCAUAAUUUACCAUAAUUCCGGCUCCGGAGGCUCCGGACAAGUAAACCAAUCGUCACAUGCAGGCGGCGCUGGAGGAGAUCGGGAACGGACUGUUCCUGCCUCGCACCUGAGCGACUUUAUGUCCCAACUAGAGGACUACACCCCUUUGAUUCCAGACGCAGUGGCGGCACACUACCUAAACAUGGGAGGAUUUCAAGCGGACGACAAACGUAUUGUCAGGUUGAUCAGCAUUGCCGCACAGAAGUACAUGUCCGACAUAAUCGACGAUGCCUUGCAACAUUCCAAGGCCCGCACACACAUGCAGACUACUAACAUACCAGGAGGCUCAAAGGCCAAGGACCGCAAGUUCACGCUUACUAUGGAAGACCUGCAGCCUGCCCUAGCAGAUUACGGUAUCAAUGUUAGAAAAAUGGACUAUAGUCAAUAAAUAAGUUCACAUUUAUUAGUACUUUUCAUACCUAUUGUCAAA